CAAACUAACUUCACUCCAUAAACAAAAAAGAAUGUCGAAAAUAUUUUGAUUUGCAUCGCACACAAUUUUUUCAAUUAAAACUUAAUCAAAUUCUUUAAAAGAACCUGAAUUUAUAUAAGCGAAUGAAUGUCUAAAAUGCCAGUCGACAUUAAUCGCUUAACCGACGGCUGGUUGGAGUUAGAAAGUGACCCCGGCUUGUUUACACUCUUAUUAGAAGACUUUGGCGUCAAGGACGUUCAAGUCGAAGAGGUCUACGAUCUGCAGAAGCCCAUUGAAGGUCCAGUUUAUGGUUUUAUUUUCCUAUUCCGUUGGAUAGAGGAACGUAGGGCACGCAGAAAAAUUGUAGAAACCACAGAGAUCUUUGUGAAGGAUGAGGAAGCUGUGAGCAAUAUAUUUUUUGCCCAACAAGUUGUUCCCAAUAGCUGUGCUACACACGCUCUGCUCUCGGUUCUGCUUAAUUGCAAUGAUUUGCCGCUGGGAGAGACACUGAAUCGUCUGAAAGUCCACACGAAAGGUAUGUGUCCGGAAAACAAGGGCUGGGCCAUUGGAAACACUCCCGAACUUGCAUGUGCACACAAUUCUCAUGCUAUGCCGCAGGCAAGAAGACGUCUGGAUAAGAGCAGUGGUGUGACCACUGGCAGAUUCACUGGAGAAGCAUUUCAUUUUGUCAGUUUCGUGCCCAUCAACGGCCAUUUGUUCGAAUUGGAUGGCUUGAAGCCGUUCCCCAUGGAUCAUGGACCCUGGGACGAAAACGAAGAUUGGACUGACAAAUUCCGUCGUGUGAUGGCCGAACGACUGGGCAUCUCAACAGGCGAGCAGGAUAUUCGCUUUAACUUGAUGGCUGUAGUUCCGGAUAGAAGAAUCGCCGUCACCCAUAAACUGAAGAUGCUCCGCACUAAUCAGGCAAUUGUUUCCGGGACACUGCAGAAACUCCUUAAAACCAACGACGAAGCCUCCAACGAUGACAAAAAGGAUGCCAAUGGCGAAACUCGCAGUACUUCCCCAUCACUCCUUGAGUCCAAUGCAUUUACAGCACGCGACCUUCAAUCGCUGCUGAAGAACCUUGACUCAGAAAUAGCCAUCAACGAACAGCAUCUUAACGAUGAGAACGACAAGAGAUACAUGUUCAAGGUUGACGAUUGUCGUCGCACUCACAACUACGACGAAUUUAUUUGUACGUUCCUCUCGAUGCUGGCUCACCAAGGUUUCCUUGGCGAAUUGGUAAGUCAGCAUUUGUUGCCAUCGAAGAAGAUCACUGGACAGAAUGCCGUCAGUAGAUUAAGCAGACAAGUAUCGAAUAAUAAGAAAAAUGGCAAAUCACCAAAGCCACCUGGACGCCGACGCAAAGGACGCAACAAAUGCAAGAAACGAAAGUGAAGCGAUCGGAAAAUUAUGCUUUAAAAAACAUAAUUUUAUUUGUUUUCGAACAUUUCUCUUAUAUGCUUGUAGUUAUAAUUAGAUUAAGACAUUUUAGUAUGAACUUAAAUAUUAAUAAAAUAUUUAAAAAUUAUUUAGGUCCAUC